AGGCAGGGAGAGGGAGGCGAAGAGGAGGAAUUUCUUGGCAACCAAGGGGGAGGGAGAGAGAAGCAGGGGAAAUAGAAGGGGAGAAGUCAACCAUGCAUAUAGAAUGCCGUCCCCCACGGCUGCGACUGGCGAGCACGAGAUUCCAAAUCCACCUGCCUCUCUCCCUCCAGGCUCCAGCUCCACCACCAGACCAGACCAUGGAGGAGGCCGGACCAACGACCAAACCACCGAGCCGGCGGGCCGGCCCCGGCCUGCACUGUUAGCCUGGCGCGGCUCGCCCUGCUGGAUUUGAUCCGGUCUCCCCUGGCUUGCUUGCUUGGCAACUCCCCAAGACCCCAACAACGCGGCUGCUCCUCCAUUUUCUUAUCGUCCGCGCGGAGCUUUCCACGGGAGAGGCAAACCAACAAGCAUACACACCAUAGGACACCACCACAUAAAUUUCUCCGGCGGGCACGCCGUGGUCUGGAGCUCAAUUCGUUUCUUUCCCUCCUCCCAUUCUCCAAUCCUUCCUCUUCUUAUUCUUCUUAGUAGUAGUGUUAGGGUAGAGCUCCCUCUGCGGCCUCCCAAUCUUGCUUAGCCAAGUAGUAAGCUGAUUCAUUCCACCGCUGCCGCGCGCAAACCAAAUCCAUACAAUGGCCGGCGAGCAAGGGGACGACCCCAACCCCGACAGGCGGCGGCGGAGGCGGCGGAGGGCGUCGCUGCGGCUCAGCAGGCUCUACAGCUUCGCGUGCGGCCGGCGGCCCAGCGUCGCAGACGACCGCUCCGAGUCCAGGAUCGGGGGCCCGGGCUACUCGCGGGUGGUCAACGCCGGCGCCGCCGCCCUCCGCCUGCAGCAGCAGCAGCAGGACCCUACUGCAGCGGAGCAGCUCACCAUCGCCAGCUCCAGCAACUCCAUCUCCACCACCAAGUACAGCCUGCUCACCUUCCUGCCCAAGUCCCUCUUCGAGCAGUUCCGCCGCGUCGCCAACGUCUACUUCCUCGCCACCGCCUGCCUCACCUACACGGACCUCGCGCCCUUCUCCUCCACCACCGCCGUCUUGCCGCUCGUCAUCGUCAUCGUCGCCACCAUGGUCAAGGAGGCCGUCGAGGACUGGAGAAGGAAGCAGCAGGACACCGAGGUGAACAACAGGAGGACCAGAAUCUUCCACGACGGCGCCUUCCUCGACGCCAAAUGGAAGGACAUCCGCGUCGGCGACAUCGUCAAGGUCGAGAAGGAUGAGUUCUUCCCGGCCGACCUCGUCCUGCUCUCGUCCAGCUACGAGGACGCCAUCUGCUAUGUCGAGACCAUGAACCUCGACGGCGAGACCAACCUGAAGCUCAAGCAGUCCCUGGAGGCCACCUCCAGCUCGCUGCCGGACGACGAGAGCUUCGGGGGCUUCGGGGCCGUGAUAAGGUGCGAGGACCCCAACGCGCACCUCUACUCGUUCGUCGGCAACAUCGAGAUCGAAGGUCAGGAGCCGCAGCAGCAGCAGCACCCUCUCUCGCCGCAGCAGCUCCUCCUCAGGGACUCCAAGCUCCGCAACACCGACUUCGUGUACGGCGCCGUCGUCUUCACGGGCCAUGACACCAAGGUUAUGCAGAACGCCAUGAAGGCCCCCUCCAAGAGGAGCAACAUCGAGAGGAAGAUGGACCGUAUCAUCUACCUCCUCCUGUCUUCGCUCGUCCUGAUCUCGGUCGUCGGCUCCAUUUUCUUCGGCAUCGCAACCAGGGAUGACCUGCGAGACGGCAGGAUGAAGAGAUGGUACCUUAGGCCUGAUGACACCACCAUCUACUUUGAUCCGAACAGGGCAGCAAUAUCUUCAGUGCUCCACUUCUUGACAGCCAUGAUGCUUUACGGCAACUUCAUCCCAAUCUCCCUCUACAUCUCCAUCGAGAUCGUCAAGCUCCUGCAGGCGCUCUUCAUCAACCAGGACAUCCACAUGUACCAUGAAGAGACCGACACGCCAGCUCAUGCUAGAACGUCCAACUUGAAUGAGGAGCUGGGCCAAGUCGACACGAUCCUCACAGAUAAAACCGGGACUUUGACUUGCAACUCCAUGGAGUUCAUCAAAUGUUCGAUUGCGGGGAGGGCGUAUGGUCGUGGCAUCACAGAGGUCGAGAGAGCAAUGGCCAAGAGGAAAGGCACCCCAAUGAUCGCCGACAUGGACAAUGGCAACCAGCAUUUUCAGCCCGAGGGGAAGGUUGCAGUCAAAGGAUUUAAUUUCACGGAUGAGCGCGUCAUGGACGGUAACUGGGUUAGCCAACCCCACUCUCAUGUCAUCGAGAUGUUCUUCCGGCUGCUGGCAGUUUGUCACACAUGCAUACCUGAAGUUGACGAAGAAUCAGGGAAAAUCUCAUACGAAGCAGAGUCCCCCGAUGAGGCAGCUUUUGUUGUUGCAGCACGGGAACUUGGUUUCACAUUUUACCGACGGACUCAGACAGAUGUUUUUCUACACGAGUUGGAUCCUGUGUCCGGAAAACAAGUUGACAGAUCAUAUAGGAUCUUGAAUGUCCUUGAGUUCAACAGUGCUCGGAAGCGGAUGUCAGUAAUAGUUAAGAACGAGGAGGGGAAAACAUUUCUGUUCAGUAAAGGCGCUGACAGUGUAAUGUUUGAAAGGCUAUCUGGUUCUCAGAGUGCGUAUAGAGAAGUGACCCAACAGCACAUAAAUGAAUACGCUGAUGCUGGUUUGCGAACACUAGUUCUCGCAUACCGUGAGCUGGAGGAGGAUGAAUAUGCAUAUUUUGACAGAAAGUUCACAGCAGCCAAGAAUUCUAUCAGUGCUGAUAGAGAUGAAAAGAUCGAAGAGGCUGCAGAUUCGCUGGAGAGGGAUCUUAUCCUUCUUGGUGCUACUGCUGUUGAGGAUAAACUACAAAAGGGGGUGCCUGAAUGCGUUGACAAACUUGCUCAAGCUGGCAUCAAGAUAUGGGUGCUGACAGGCGACAAGAUGGAGACCGCUAUCAACAUUGGAUAUGCCUGCAGUCUAUUAAGACAAGGAAUGAAGCAAAUAACCAUUACUCUGGAGACAGCAGAUAUCAUUGCGUUGGAGAAAGGCAGCGAUAAGGCUGCCAUAACCAAGGCAUCAAAGGAUAGUGUGGUGCGGCAAAUAAAUGAGGGAAAGAAACUUGCAAAUGCAUCUGCUGGUGAAACCUAUGCCUUGAUUAUUGACGGGAAGUCGCUUACAUAUGCGCUGGAGGACGACACGAAGGCAAUGUUCCUUGAUCUUGCAAUUGGUUGCGGAUCAGUCAUUUGCUGCCGUUCUUCACCCAAGCAGAAAGCACUUGUGACUAGGCUUGUCAAAACUGGCACUGGUAAGGUCACAUUGGCAAUUGGUGAUGGUGCGAACGAUGUCGGCAUGAUUCAGGAGGCAGAUAUUGGGGUUGGGAUCAGUGGUGCUGAAGGAAUGCAGGCCGUCAUGGCAAGUGAUGUUUCCAUCGCCCAGUUCCGCUUCCUGGAGCGCCUGCUACUUGUGCAUGGCCAUUGGUGCUACAGCAGGAUCUCAUCAAUGAUAUGCUACUUCUUCUACAAGAACAUCACGUUUGGCGUGACCCUGUUCUUGUACGAGGCGUACACAUCGUUUUCAGGCCAGGCUUUCUACAACGACUGGGCGCUGGCGUGCUACAACGUCUUCUUCACGUCGCUCCCUGUGGUCGCCAUGGGCGUCUUCGACCAGGAUGUUUCUGCUCGCUUCUGUCUCAAGUUCCCGAUGCUGUACCAGGAGGGCCCUCAGAACCUGCUGUUCCGGUGGCGGAGGAUCCUCGGGUGGGUGGCGUACGGCGUCGUCAGCGCCGUGAUCAUCUUCUUCCUCACCACGGCGUCGCUGGGGCACGAGGCGUUCCGGCGGGGCGGGGAGGUGGCCGACAAGGCGGCGCUCGGCGCCGCGGCGUACACGUGCGUGGUCUGGGCCGUGAACGCCCAGAUGGCGAUCACAGUGAGCUACUUCACCCUGGUCCAGCACGCCUGCAUCUGGGCCAGCGUCGCCCUCUGGUACGUCUUCCUCGCCGCGUACGGCGCCAUCACGCCAGACUUCUCCACCGACUACUACAUGGUGUUCGCCGACGCGCUGGCGGGGGCGCCGUCGUACUGGGCGGUGACGCUGCUGGUGCCCGCCGCGGCGCUGGUGCCCUACUUCGCCUACGCCGCGGCCAAGUCGUGGUUCUUCCCGGACUACCACAACCAGAUACAGUGGCUGCGGCACAGGGAGAGGGCGCACCCGGACCCGGAGACCAGCGCCGGCGUCGAGUUCGGCCACGCCCUGCGCCAGUUCUCGGUGCGGUCCACCGGCGUCGGCGUGUCGGCGCGCCGCGACGCCGCGGCGGUGCUCCGCCGCAUCAACGGCACGCAGCAGGUUCACCACGCGGAUUCGCCACAGCAGCUGGAGGUGUCGUGACAACUGAUCAGCAUAUGUAUGUAGAGAGAGAUAGAUACAUUAUUGGUAUGUUGUAAAUACAAGAGGAAAAUUAAAGCAGUUGGCUAGGAAGAGCUAGCUAGGGUGUCAAGGCAACACGAGUGUACAUGAGGGUGGGAGUGCCCAUGUGUCCAGUAGGACUGUAGGAGGAGCCAAUAUUUUUGAAUGGAGUAGGAAUGGGUAGAUGAUGUACAUUUGGAUGGAGGGAGGGAUAAAGUUAGUUUUCAUUCUUUAGUUUUCCCCCCCGUUAAUGAAUUUGGGGGUGAUUAAUUUUUUUUCAUUUCUUUUGUUCUUAACAAUAAUAUAUAUAAAUCAAGGCAGGAAAUAUGAAUAAAGCCUCUUCUUUUUAUUCAUGAA